UUGGAGCACGUAGCGUUCACCCAAGAAAGGCCUCUGUAUGCUCGCCAUUUGAAGAGUGGGGGAGAUAAAAAGAUAACCGAGCACUCAAAAUCUUUCUCAAGCACUUCUCUAAUGGAGGCCUCUGGUUCGAUUUUAUUUUGACUGCAGCGCCUUCUCUGGGCUUUUAGAACUCGACCGUUCUCCCGGGGCCCUGUUGAUUGCUUUGAGAUGGCAACACUGCGGAGCUGGGUCUCUUCUCUUCCCAACCAAUUUGCAAUGCAGAACUCGGCCGUGAGCAGCCGUUCGACGGUGGUUCCUUCAUCUGUUAUCAAGGCAAGUUCGGGAGAUUUAUUGAUGAAUGAGAAGGACUGCUUGAAGAGAAGACUAAUAUUAGUUGGUGUUGGGGCAGUGACCACUAGUUUGUUCCCUGCAAGAUUUGCAUCUGCUGAAGGAGUACCAAAGGGCUAUCAAGCUUUUGUAGAUUUUACAGAUGGAUAUUCAUAUGUUUACCCAUCGGAUUGGAGGGACUUUGACUUUCGGGGUCAUGAUUCAGCAUUCAAAGAUCGCUUUGCAGCAUUGCAGCAUGUGAGAGUCAGCUUUAUUCCUACAAAUAAAAAUGAUGUUCAUGAUUUGGGUCCCAUGGAAGAGGUCAUAUUCGAUUUGGUUAAAAAUGUAUAUGCUGCACCGACUCAGAUACCAACAAUAUAUGAUAUGCAGGAGCGUACAAUUGAUGGAAAGAACUACUGGACAUUUGAGUAUGACCUUGCAUCUUCAGGCUUUUCCCGAACUGCCUUUGCAACCAUAGCAAUUGGCAAUGGUCGAUACUACACAUUAGUGGUAGGUGCAAACGAGAGACGGUGGAGUAGACUCCGAGACAAGCUCAAAGUGGUAGCAGAUUCUUUCAAGAUACUAGACAUAUGAAAUAAGAACUCCAGUUUGGCAAAAUUGCUAGCUGAGUUUGAGUUACUAUUAACCGUGAUCAUGGUUUUCUUUUUAUUAUGUAUAUAAAUAUUGUUCUGUGGAAUAUUGCUCGUGAUAUGAUUACCACUAUCUUAAACCAUCUAGAUGAAGAAACCUUUCCUGCAUCCUUGUAUCACAAGAACUGAGUUUCAGCAGCAAUGAUGUCAUUAUAUCUUCAUUUCAAACAA